AUGCUCGAAACCAUUCCCCAGCAGUCCGCUCAGGUUCAAUACAUCCCCCAAACGCCCCAACAACAAAGCUACAAUUAUCGCCAGUACUCCGGUCGAUUCCCGUAUACCCCGACAUCUCCUUCGCCGCUGGGCUUUCGCAAUGUGAAUGCUCAAGCAGCCAUCUCUCCAACCAUGACCGAGCGCAACAACAAUUUACCAGAGGGAAUUCAAGACCAAGAGAAUGCCUCUUUAUCACCCUUGAAUAAACUAAACAGCGACAACAGCAUUAGCAAACCAUUCUCUUUUUCUCCAGCAUACAACACCAUCACACCCCCCAAUCGACGCUCAACAUACGAAGAACGAUUCAGAAAGUCCGGCGGAUCAAGUAACGCAUACUCGCGGAUCUUUGGCUCACCCUCAAGCGGCGGUAACACGCCCAACAAUAGCACAUCCACAUCCUCCAAACAUCGGCAACUCUUCCUCAACCGCGUAAAACAGAAUCGUGACGAAGCUCGAUUCGGCUCUCGCGGCGAGUCGCUUAUGAUGAUGGAAUAUCACUCCGAGCAACAAUCAUGGGACGAGCAGAUGCGUCGCAGAGCGGAGACACUUUCGCAGCAAUAUCACAUUGAAGACGGCGAAAUCCUUAAUGAAGAAUACAAUAAUGAUUAUGAGGACAAUAAGGACAUGAUGCUCGACCCCGAACAGUCAGCCCUCGAAGAGUUUAUAAUGGAAGAAGAGGAUAUUGAUUUGUCGCUUGUGGAGAAUCUGCCCACUGACGAGAACCAUAUGCGGUCACCAGCGAAGAGUGUCUCGAUAUUUGGUGGUGAUGACGGCGACUAUGAUGAUAUCUUUAUGGAACUGGUUGACUGA